ACUCCAUUGACCCUAAAACCUACAAGAACUCCAAUACGAUCCGCCCAACGACCCAUUGAGGCCACAUAUCAACAUGCCGAAGGUCACCCAUGUCACUUACAACCAAGGCCUCCCGUCUAAACACCUCCACCUCGGAAACCUUGUCCACGAUUUCCAAAAGCCAGAUACCCUCGAACCAUACAUCGAAAAGUCGUACACCGACAUUGCGGAAGCUCCCCCAGCAUGGGCAGAGUCGAGACCACUCGAGAACUUCGCAUUGACCUUGGGAGAGGACGACGAAGCCGACGACUCUGAGGAGGAGGAAGGUCCGCGCUACCGUGUGGCAGCAGCAGCGAAGUCUGUCAAGCUUGAUAUUAAAGAUCCCGUCAAAUUCUUCAACGAAGUCACCCUCAAGUCUGAAGAUGCCAAAAAGUGGCUCGCCUCCCACCUCUCCGCAGCCGAAGACCUGCAGCCAAAACCCAAGCCGCAGAUAUGGAUGUUGACAGGUUUGAUCUUGAUGACACACGCUACAUGGACCCGCCUCUCGAGCAAGCAGAAGUUCACCCCUGGUCUUCCUGCUCCAUUCGAUCCUACUGGCGUCACCGCCAUCCGCCGAUCUUCGGUCAGCGAGCAUGUGAAGCCUGUGUUUGGGUAUGAGGAGAGCGAAGAUAAUAAACUCGUUCCAGGUGGUGCGGUCAUACAUGAGACAGGGAAAUAUCCUGGCACAAGAGGAUGGGCUGCACAAUGGGAGUUGGUUGAUGCGCACGUUCUGCCAGCCGACAAGGGGAAGGGGGGAAAUAAUGAACUUGCAUUGCACGUCCCUGGCCAAGGUGCAAAGAUUGCAGCGGUUGAUCUAAAGGCAGGGGAAUAUGCGACGAAUGGAGAUGAGGGAGUUGUUGAUGAUGAGGAGUACUGGGAGAAGUUUUUGGAUGUUGUUGAGGAAUAUGAGUAAGUGCUCAUACCGUCACAAGCUCUCGCCGAGAAUCUUUUGGGCCUUGAUAACGGAGGUGUAGCAGUGCGCAGGCUCCCUCGCCAUUAAGUGGGUUUUCGCAAGUGAAAUGGUAAGAAUCGGAAAUCGGAG